CACCCCCAGGCGGCAUGGAAACGCCCCCAUAAAGGAACAACGGGGCGUGGUCUUUGGCAGAGCCGCCCUCAACCUGUACAUGUGCUGGAUGGUGGCAUCUAGUUACCCUUCGUAGAGAGGACCUUUCCCAUAAGCCCCUGGGUCCAUGUUACCAGCUAAUACCUUAUUGCUGUACACGUCUUAUAUUACUCCUCUCACCUAUUGCAGGAUUCUGUAAUCAGCAGGCUCUAAGAAUGCUCUUAAGUUGACUUAUUGCCUAAGGCAGGAGGGGGGGACUUCGAGUCACAUCUGCUCAAGGUUCCAGCUGCAUAGAAGAUGUGGCUUCCUGGCCGCGUACUGCUCUCAGGGGUAUCUCUGGCGGUUGGCGCUGCAUUGGGGGCUGGUCUUACUAGUUGGAGAUUGCAGAGGCCGCCUGUUUCUGAUUUCCUCUACCCCCCAAUUGUUCAGGCAGCAUCUGAAGUAGCUCUGCCCCCUGCAUCUGGGAUCACACAAUUUGGCUUACCAGGAUUGAGCCAGCUCAAGACUCGUCAAUCCUAUCUGCUUAGCUAUGACCCCAGACUUCGGGGCCCAGCAUGGGUUCUAGAACAGCUUAACGGUGAGCGCCUGCAGGGCAGUGCUGACCGCCGGAGUUGUGAUUUCAGAGAAGAUGACACUGUGCACCCUUAUCACCGGUCUACCAAUGCUGACUACCGACGCAGUGGGUUUGACCGAGGGCAUCUGGCAGCUGCGGCCAACCACAAGUGGAACCAGAAGGCAAUGGACGAGACAUUCAUACUGAGUAAUGUGUACCCGCAGAAUCCAAAUCUCAAUCAAAAUGCCUGGAACAACCUGGAGCAAUAUUGCCGAGGGUUAACCAAGUCUAACCGGAAUGUGUAUGUGUGCACUGGCCCUCUAUUCUUGCCCAAGAUGGAAGCAGAUGGCAAGAUGUAUGUAAAAUACCAAGUGAUCGGUGUAAAUAAUAUUGCGGUACCUACACACUUUUUCAAGGUGGUCGUCCUGGAGAAGUACAAUGGAGAGAUAGAACUGCGCCCCUACAUAAUGCCAAACUGCCCCGUAGAUGACAAAAUCUCCUUGGACCGCUUCCUGGUGCCGAUCGAGAGCAUAGAGCGCGCUGCUGGUCUGCUCUUUGUCCCUAAUAUUCUCAAGCGUACAAAUAAUCUAAAGGCCAUCACCGCUGGAGGAAGAUGACAAUAAAGAUCCUCACCCACAUGGACUGCCGGCUGCUUUCCCAUGCGCUAUAGAGUAUUCUGGACAGAAACAGUGGGGUACAUUUACUAAGAUGGGAGUUCUAUUUAAGAUGGGAUGUUGCCUAUAGCAACCAAUUAGAUUCUACUUAUUAUCUAGCACCUUCUAGAAGAUAAUACCUGGAAUCUGAUUGGUUGCUAUGGGAAACAGCCCAUCUUAAAUAGAACUCCCAUCUUAGUAAAUUUACCGAAUUGUGUUUCUAAAUUAAUUUAGAAGUCCAGUAGAAUGUAAUAAAAUGAAUCAGUUGAGGCUGGUUGUGUCAUCAGUACUCAGGCUAUAGUAAGAUAUCUGACAACACACAGGAGUAUGUGGCACUUUCUUGAAAAUGUAAUAAAUAUCUGAAGAUUAUUUGGGCCACAAAUCCACAGUAUUCGAUAACUUAAAAGGACUUGUGUGUCACCAGAACAGUGGUGUAACCCUUUAUCACUUACCUGUCCAUGCUCCACCCAGCAUUUUUCUUACACCGACCGGGCCAAACAGGGAAAGGGGGACCCCUGCACAUGGGCCGUGAAGGUACAGUUGCCAUGAAGACUCAGAUUAUGGCCAAACAAUUGCUUCAGAAUUCUGUUGGGAAUUCAUCUGCAUCCCUGCAGCACAACUCUAAUUUGCCAAGAUUUUGCAAGCCAAUGAAUCCACUGGGUACGGUCAGGAGCUAGCCAAGCAAUGUACCGAAAGCAGUAUUACUGUACACCAUUAGUACUAUGGCUGACUAUAACUAUAUGUAUAAAUAUCACUGGAUCCUAAUGUACUGAUAAAACCUGUUCUUACAAAAA